UCUCUCUGGCGAUAUAUUCCCCGUUCCACCCUCAAAAUCCAUUAAAAUCUCCACCCAAAAACCACCCCAAAAUCAACCCCUUUCCCCCACACGGGAUCGAUCCCCUUCCCCUUGCUUCCACCAUGGACUCGGUGCCGCCAGCCGCCGGCGUUGGCGGCGGCGUAGGUGUAGGCGUAGGAGCAGGCGGAGGACCAGGUCCUGGUUACCCCGAGUCCACGGAUUCCUCGCCACGCAGCCGCGGCGGCGACUCGUGGGACGAGCCGUUCCCGUCCUCCGCCGCAGCGGCGGCGGCGGGAGGUGGCGGGCGCCUGCGCCUGAUGUGCAGCUUCGGGGGCCGCAUCGUGCCGCGCCCGACGGACAAGUCUCUCUGCUACCUCGGCGGGGAGACCCGGAUCGUGGCCGUGGACCGGAACGCGUCGCUGGCCGACGUCCACGCGCGGCUCUCCCGCUCGCUGCUCGCCGGGCAGCCCUUCACGCUCAAGUACCAGCUCCCCAACGAGGAUCUCGACUCCCUCAUCUCCGUCUCCACCGACGAGGACCUCGACAACCUCGUCGACGAGUACGACCGCGUCGCCGCCACCUCCUCCGGCGGCGGAUCCUCGCGCACCUCCCGGAUCCGCCUCUUCCUCUUCCCGGCCAAGCCCGAGUCCUCCUCCUCCCUCGGCUCCCUCCUCGACGACACCUCCAAAUCCGAGACCUGGUUCGUCGACGCCCUCAACAGCGCCAUCUCCGGAUCCUUCGACGGCAUCCCGCGCGGGAUCUCCACCGAUUCCGCAUCCGUCAACUGCCUCCUCGGCCUCGAGGACGACUCCUCGCAGCACUCCCGCGGCGGGGUGGCUAACUCCGGUCCGGCCGAGGACCAGCGCGCUAACCAGCAGAAGCUUGCGGCCGCGGCGGCGGCGGCUGCUGGGAGGCAACCGCACGACGUGCAGUCUGUGCCGGACUCGCCGAUGCUCGACAAGAACUCCUCUUUCGGUUCCACGUCCUCGGCGCCGUCGCUAUCGAAUCUGCCGCCGAUACGUGUGCGCCCUGAGGACAGGCAGCCUGAUAGCCGGGCAGCCCCACCGGUCUCCAUGGAGGAUCACUUCGCCAAUAUGAAUAUGGGGAUCUCGGAGCAGCAGGGGCCGCCUCCACCUGCGAUGGUAUAUAUGCAACCGCCGCUGCAGGCGCCGAUCCCUGCCAUUGCGAUGCCAGCGGCCAACAUCCCUCCAUCGGAGGCGCCCAGCCGAGUGUUCUCUGAUGAUGACAGGUCGUCCGAUCACAGCGGGGCAGGUCGGAAGCCACAGCAACCGAAGCCGGAGGUUCCACCCGCCACCGAUCCCAACAACAGGGCCAUGUAUUACAACGAUAGAUCACCUCGAGAGGAAUUGAAGCGAGACAUGCCGGUGGGAACUGAUGCUGCCAGCUAUCGCACCCCAGUGCCUCCUCCAGAAGUUGCUGCCGCACCAGCAGCCGCAGCGCAGCCCCCGCCUGGUUACAUGUACGCGCAGAUGCAGCCACAGCAACAAUUACAGCAGCAACCACAGCAACAAUUACAGCAGCAACCACAGCAGCAAUUACACCAGCAACAACAGCAGCAAUUGCAGCAGCAGCCCCCUCCGCCGCAGCCACAGCAAUCUCAUCAGCCAGCUCCACAGCAAUAUGUCACUGCGGGAAAUCAGCAUUUCAUUCACAACCCAGCCACGGGCACAUUCAUUCCAAUCCAAUCUUAUUACCACCAGGCUGUCCCUCAGCCAGCGCCGCAGCAACAACAGGCGCCUGCAUUUGACCCAAAUACUGGCAUGUACUACAUCCCUAUGCGUCCGAAUGCACCUCAGCAGUAUAGCAUUCCUGCCGGUGCUGCCGCCCCUAUGCAGCCUCCUCCAACCCUUGUAGACAGUGCGCCAAAGCCAACUGUGCCGAUUCCCCAACAAUAUAUGAAGCCUGAAUUGCAGCAGCAGCAACCGGGUAUGUACCGAACUGCUGGACCCGCUGCCCCUGCCCCAGGGGCUCCUAAUACAGCUGCCCCUGCAUACGCUGGAAUGGGCUACCACCAUGUAAUUCAAUCACACCACCCAGCACCACAGCCUGGAGCGACCAUGGCGGGAAACUAUGGAUAUGAGUAUGCUGAUCCCCGUGCACAGGUCUUCUACUCGCAGGCAGCACCGCCUGCAUCAUUGCCACCUCAGUAUCAACCCAUGGGAUCACCUGACGCAGGCCAGGCUGACAUGAAUCAGCCACGCGGUUCAUAGCUCUUAAGCAUUGGUGAAUUCUGGUAUGUUGCGUAUCCUAGAAGCGUAGUUAUCCUGCUGUUACUUACAUUGUUGUUAUUACAUGUUACACAAAUCGUUGGCAGACAUUGGAUGGUGUAGUUGGGCAGCUGUGCAUUUGGGAUCAAAUCAAGUAUGCAUCUGAGCUUGUGAUUAGGAGGGAGGGGGUCCAAAAUAAGAUUUGAAAAAAAAAAUGGGAUGUUGAUUCUUGUGUUGGAGACUGAGAGGGUGUCUCUGAUUGGUUGCGGAGAGUCCAAUUGCCAAUGUUGGAGUAAGUAGGGGGUGAAGACAGGACUGUGAAGUGUUUGGAUUCCUAUUCCGAUUGCUGUAUUAUUUUUGAAUAAAUAAAUAUAUAGUGUCUAAAAGGCUCAGUGAACAUUCCGAAUCAAGAACUCGAUCAUCAUUUAUGUAGCCCUCUGUAUAUUUAAGCUCAUGGGAGAUACUGAGGUUGAAAUGUCAGAUAUAUGUGCUAUUAGUUUGCUUGUAGAAACUCCAUUCAGAGUUAAAUAUCAUAUAUACAUUGGUCCCCAAUAUUUGUACCUUUGAUAUUGAUGUUGAUACAUUUCUUGUGGUUUUAAUUUAAUACAUUGACUUGAGCAA